AUGGGUACCGACGACGUGGACGCUUUCAGGCGCCUGCCGGGUAGGCCUAGGUGUCAGAUCCGCGUUGCAUCUGCAAGUCAAAGUGCAGAUAGAGUCAUAUCAUCGGUAAAGCCUGAAACUUUGUUGAUUCUGCAUCGUGCGCAAAGAGCCUCACACUUUUUCGUCUGUAGCCCGUAUCGAGCAACCUCGGCUUCGCUGUUGCCCACAGACGAUAAGGUGUCGCGUCAGCCGUGGAGGAGUUGCACAUCUACUGUCGUCAUCAUCGAGUCCGGGCGCUUCUUCCUGUCCAAUAACGUUGUCCAAGUCUUCCCUUUUGAAAUCCUUGGGAGAGCCGGAAAGGAGAUCCUGUCUUCCGGACUGGUAGAAGUGGAUCAUGGCAGUGUUUGCCGGUACAGCUCGAGACGCCGCGGAGGUCUCGUGCUACCAGGAGACUACUUUUCGUGA